UUUAGAUAUAUUAUCUUCCACUGUAUUACAUAACAACGAAAAUAUACACGAUUUUAAAGCAUGGAAUCAUUCAGUAACUAAUGCAUUACAUCACCAUGCUGAAGAAAACAUUAGAAGUAUAAAUGAACAACAGCAUGUAUCUUAGGUGAUCCGUGCUAGGUUUGGUGCUCCAGCCCACAUUCUGUACUCUGUGUUUGCUGGUGUUACCAACAUUGUGGUUACAUUGAUGAUAUUACUGGCUGGUAGUGUUAUCUUGACUAGCCUAACAUUGGAUCUUUCUAUUGAACUGGCCUGUAUGAUAUCAGCUGCUGUUAUAGAAAGAAUUUGAAAGAGGGUGAGUGCAUACUUUGUGGUAAAUACCCCUGGCCUUCAACUGAUACUUACUACAAGGAUCGUAUUAUUGCUAUCGAUACAAUUGAUAAUGAUGAGAGCAAAGCAUGCUCCUGUAAACCAGUAGUUGAAUGCAGUGGAUGUACAGAAGACAAAGAAAUGAGAUCUUUCAAGAAAACUAACCUCGGAGUUAAAAAGCCAUAUAAAUGCAAAGUUCACGGGUUGUACAAACAUUACCAAGAUGAUCUGCUGAACUUUAAGAAUUGGUGCAUUCUUUGGAUCACGCUUUUCACGAUUCCACUGGUGUUGUUCUCAAAUUGGGUUGGAUUGAACCUAGGAUGGCUUUUCUAUUUCAAUGGAGUUUUGCUAGGAGGGGUUCCCAUCCCGGUGGCCCUGACCGUCCUUUGGAGCAAGGUAACGCCUGCUGGUAUGAUAUCAGGUACUCUAUCUGGCUGCCUUUGUGGUUUAUCUUUAUGGCUGGGUAUUGCGUCCAUGUACGAAGGUGGGGUGACUUUGGAGAACACCGGCAGAGAUAUACCCACUUUUGUGGGCAGUGCCGUCGCAUUGGGCGUAAGUGGAAUUGUAUGCGUUGUCGUUUCACUGUACACACUAGACAGAAAGAAAUUCAACGAGGAAGAAGAAUGGAACAAGCUGAGGAAUAUAGAGAACCCGCUUCACCCCUGGGCAAUCACAUACGCACGUGACUUCGGUAGAGUUCAGGAUGUGACGUCAAGGUUUGUGCGACCAACAUACGCAGCAAUGAAAUCCCGCUUCCGAGGGUCUCGGAUUACUGCGAUUGUCAUCGGGU